UCUAAAUCUUCAAUUUCCUUUUCUUUUUCCUUGGCUUUUUGGGUUAAGUUUGUAAUUUGUAUGGUUGUUUUCUUAGAAAUGGUUCGGAUCCGUAAUGGAUUGUUAGCGUUUGCGCUGUUAGGUUGGGAAAUUUGUUCAUUACUCUCUGUUUUUGCCGUGCGUGUGAAGUGAUUUGUUUUCUAAGUGAUUGGUGUUGAUUUGAGCGAUCUGGAGAAGGAUUUGACGGCAUCAUGGAGUUUGGCUGUGAAAGAAUUAGAUCCAAUAAUGGGUUUUGGUUUGACAGCUUCAAACUAGAUUUAGAAAGGGUGAUUGAAACGAGGUUACUCAGUUUUGCUUGUCGAAUUGGGCUCCUUUUUUAUGCUUUCACCAGAUUCACAUUGUCUCUGGGAUGGGUGCUAGAAAUCCAAUGCCCGUUUUCUUCAAUUCUUUCUGGGCGAUGUUGUCCUGGACGAGUCGCUGGAGGCGGAUUUUAAUUUGGUUGAUUUAAAUUAAUUAUUAUUGGUUGAAGGAUGGAUAAUGAGAUGCUGAAGUCUAGGACAAUGGGGUUCAAGAAAUGAAAUCUAGGGUACUAAAGUGGAUAAUCAAGGAACACAUCUGGCUCGAGAAAGUCCUUUCCUUGCGAUUCCUGGGCUGUGAUUGUGGUAAGGACUUUGUGUGAAAAGGCGAAGGAGAUUUUGAUGGAAGAAAGCAAUGUCCAGCCUGUUAAAAGUCCUGUUACAAUAUGUGGUGAUAUACAUGGUCAGUUCCAUGAUCUUGCUGAACUUUUUCGAAUUGGAGGAAAGUGUCCAGAUACAAAUUAUUUGUUCAUGGGAGAUUAUGUUGACCGUGGCUAUUACUCUGUCGAAACUGUAACGCUUUUGGUAGCUCUCAAGGUGCGGUAUCCUCAACGAAUUACCAUUCUACGAGGAAAUCAUGAAAGUCGUCAGAUUACUCAGGUUUAUGGGUUCUAUGAUGAAUGCCUACGGAAGUAUGGCAAUGCUAAUGUUUGGAAAACCUUUACAGAUUUGUUUGACUAUUUUCCACUGACAGCAUUGGUUGAAUCAGAGAUAUUUUGUCUCCAUGGUGGAUUAUCACCAUCCAUUGAAACACUUGACAAUAUACGUAAUUUUGAUCGUGUUCAAGAAGUUCCCCAUGAGGGUCCCAUGUGUGAUCUUUUGUGGUCCGAUCCUGAUGAUCGAUGUGGCUGGGGGAUCUCACCAAGAGGUGCUGGAUAUACAUUUGGCCAAGACAUUUCUGAACAAUUUAACCAUACAAACAACUUAAAGCUGAUUGCUAGAGCUCACCAGCUGGUCAUGGAAGGAUAUAACUGGGGUCAUGAACAAAAGGUGGUUACUAUAUUUAGUGCACCUAACUAUUGUUAUCGUUGUGGAAACAUGGCUUCCAUUUUGGAAGUUGAUGACUGCAAGGGUCACACAUUCAUUCAGUUUGAGCCUGCUCCAAGAAGGGGAGAGCCAGAUGUGACCCGUAGAACACCUGAUUACUUCCUAUGAUUAAAGUUGGAAGUCAUGAAUCCCCUUGGCUAGUGCCUCCUAGCUGGUAUAUGUAUUGCGAGCUUUGUCAAAUUUAAGAUUAUGAAAUGCUAUGGUGGGCAGGGCAGGCAGAUGAGGCUUCCUUCAUUUGAUUGUUAGCAUUGAUGAUGCUCGAGUUCCACUAGAGGAAGCAGUGGAGCUGGCGAGCCAUUGCUGCGUAUGUACCAUUUCCACAAACAAUGUGGCAUCUUUCGUCCCAUUUCCUUGAUUUUGUUUUUGUUUAUUGUUUUUUCCUUUUUUCUGUAGAAGGGAUGGUUGGUUCGGGGAUAUGUAGAGGGACAAUGAGUUUUUACUUGUAUUGGGUGUUCCUAUUUUUAUUUUUAUUUUUUUCAAUCCGCAAGUUCUAAUCCAGUAUUCUCUAAUAUCAGCUUCGUUUUUUUGUAA